CAUGAAGGACUCUGCUGCAGCGGUCCGCUGUCCGUCGCAGAAAUCACUCGAACAGGUGACCGCAAGUCCAGCUAAAUAUGCCUUGCCGCAACAAGCUGUGGCUGGACGUCGGACGAACAUGCAACUUGAGCGUCGGAAAUCUUGGCAUGGUAGGAGGGCAUCGUCAUCGGCAUAGUAGGUGUCGCUUUGCUGGACCUGGCUGAGAUAUAUGGAACAAGCAUCGCCAACAUAUCGUACCUCAUCACCACUUUCAGCGUGGGCAGUCUCAUCGGCUCUCUUCUUGGAGGCAAGUUACACGACACGUACAACACGCAGUUGGUCUCGAUCUUGGCAAUGGCAGCGACCUGCGCUCGCGGUGACCAUGAUUCCACUCAGCGGCAUCCUGGCACUGGCGCACGUUACCAUAUUUCUGUGUGGACUGAGCGUCGCUGCACUUUGCACUGGUGCGAACGUCUGGAUCAUCAGGAUGUGGACAGAGAACAGCAGCCCGGCGCUUCAACUCUUCCACUUUGCCUUCGGCAUCGGUGGCUUCGUGGGUCCGUUCAUCGCCCGACCGUUCUUGUCCAACAGCGACGGUGGUAAUGCGACCACAUCGAACACUACCGACAACGUAUACCUGACCCAGAACAACAUCGCUUACCCGCCUGUCAACCUCGUAGAGCUGGGCAAUAGCUUCGCCGCUCAAAAUGGCACGGGCGAAUCGCGCGUUUAUUGCGCGUUCGGUAUCGCCGGUGCACUUUUAUUUAUUCCAACCGUUUCUAUGAUCGUCCUUUAUAUUAUAGACAAUGUGGACUUCAAGCCUUCCACACCUGAAGGUGAUAGCUCUGCGGGAGCUGAGGAACCGCGUAACACUGUCUGGUUUACCCGAAUCGUUCUGGCAAUAAUGUGCCUCUACAUAGGUACUUACGUCGCGUUCGAGUCUACCACGUCCCAGAUGAUGGCCUCGUUUGCAGUCAAGAGCAAGCUCCACUUCUCGAAAUCUUUGGCUUCUCGCGUUGAAUCUGUGUACUUCUUAUCAUACGCCGCUGGCCGCCUCACCGCAUGUCUGGUUACAAUCAAAGUUCCCCCCUUCUGGGUACUAGUUUCAGCGCAUGUAAUUCUCCUACCCACGGCCGUGACGCUCGCACUACUGGGUUCUAACAGCUCCACGGUGCUCUGGCUCAGCAGCGCUCUCUUUGGUUUCGGUCAAGGACCGAUAUUCGCCUCUUUAGUAUCCUGGACGGCCGGGCUCAUAAAUAUCAACAACAAGAUGAUGGCUCUAGCUGCUGUCACCCAAAGCAUCGGAUCAAUGACAGCGCCAGUUAUUGUAGGCCAAUUUCUGGACAAUGACCCUAACGUGUUCCUGUAUGUCUGUCUUAUGACUGUUGCGUUAUGUGUUGUCAGUUUCGCUACCAUGUAUCUCUACGUAAGAAGAGCGCGACACCGAAGCGAUGACAAAGAAUUGCUAAUCAAUGAAGCUGAUAGUGAGCAUAGCAAAAGGCUUCAAUAAUAAUGCGUCAACGUGUGUAACUACGCUGCUGUCUAUACAUUGCGACACGAGUUUACCUUACUAAUGCGAUUAACAUUCUUAGAAUAGUUCACGCCCUUUCCGGUAUCUGUCUACCUGCCUUUCUGUCUGCCUAACCAUUUCCGGACAACUUGGGUCAUUGGGUAGUUGAUAGUCUAUUGGAUACAGCAUUGGGCUUCUGGGCUGUGGGAACCGCGAAACUAACCGUCGGGGGACCAAAUUGGGUUACUGCUAUAUGAUACUCGGUGUGUGCGGCUGUUCAAUGAACACAUUUGACGCUAACUUGGGUCCCUGGGUAUGUGACACUUAUUUACGCUAGUACGUGACUCACGCGUCAAACGUUUCAAAGAGCUAGUCGGCUUAGGCACGAGGGACGUGUAUACGCGCGAUCGUGGCCUUGCGGUUACGGCAUUAGGCUGCUGUGCUCGAAGGCAGAGCACAGCACCGUUCGUUACCACUGUCGGUCAUGCGAUUAUAAUUUCUAGGAUGCAUCACGCACAUUCUGGGGGCUGUCUGCUGUCUGUCUAUCUGCAUCUAAGCAGUUUGCCGCCCACUUGGGUCAAUAAGCAGUCUAUGGUGUAAUGGUUAGUGCAUCGGGCUUCUAUGAUGAGGCAACCGGGUUUGAAACCAAUCGUCGACCCAACGUGAGUCAGGGAUAUGUGAGAUAAGUUAUGCGCUGCUCAUAAGUUAAU